AUGGCGUCGAAGCCGAAAUCGCCCCAUUCCCGUGCCUGGGAAGCUCUCACGCCGCCCCUCUCGGAAUGGAUCCUGGAUGCGGUCGCUUCUCAAGGGUUCAGUCGCAUGACUCCCGUCCAAGCAUCUACCAUUCCGCUGUUUAUGGGCCAUAAAGAUGUGGUCGUGGAAGCUGUAACAGGCAGCGGGAAGACUAUGGCAUUCUUGAUUCCCAUUGUCGAGAAACUGUUGAGAUUGGAAGCUCCGAUCAAGAAGCACCAUGUUGGAGCUAUCAUUGUCUCCCCAACACGAGAACUAGCUGAGCAAAUAUACAAAGUCCUACUUUCGCUUCUAGCAUUCCACCCCCCAUCAGCCGCCGCGAUACAGCCCGCGAACCCCGACGGCACCGAAGACAGUACCAACCUGCCUAUACCAAAGUCAUCAUCCACCUUGAAAGUAGUCCCUCAGCUACUCCUGGGGGGAACCACAACUCCGGCACAGGACCUAAGUGCCUUUUUGAAACAUUCCCCGAACCUGCUCGUCUCCACGCCCGGCCGAUUAUUAGAGCUCCUCAAAUCACCCCAUGUCCAUUGCCCCCAAACCUCGUUCGAAGUUCUUGUUCUUGAUGAAGCAGACAGGCUCCUAGAUUUAGGAUUCAAAGAUGACCUACAGAAGAUUCUCGCCCGAUUGCCCAAACAGAGACGGACUGGCUUAUUCAGUGCUACCGUGAGUGACGCGGUAGAUCAGAUCAUCCGGGUAGGAUUGCGGAAUCCUGUGAAGAUUGCGGUUAAAGUGAAAGGGGCAUCUGGAACAGAUGACAAGCGUACCCCAGCCAGCCUGCAAAUGACAUAUCUUCUCACACGUGCGUCUCAAAAGCUGCCAGCAGUCAAUCAGAUUCUAUCGUCAAUAGAAUCUACUCCCCAGAAAACUAUUCUCUAUUUCUCCACAUGUGCGGCUGUCGACUACUGGAGCCAUAUAAUGCCAUCUUUACUACCCGAAACAUUCGUCACGAUACCCCUUCAUGGAAAACAUCCUCCAAAUGUUCGACAAAAGAACUUUACCCGCUUCGCUAAUUCAAUAUCCCCGUCAGUUUUACUAACCACGGACGUUGCUGCGCGAGGGCUAGAUAUCCCACUCGUCGACUUGGUCAUCCAAAUCGACCCUCCCACAGAUCCCAAAGCUUACCUUCACCGAUGUGGUCGUGCGGGACGUGCAGGGCGCCGUGGGUUAAGUGUCAUUAUGAUCUGCCCCGGGCGAGAAGAGGACUACAUCCCCUUUCUCGAAGUUCGCAAGACCCCAGUAUCCCCUCUUGAAUCUCCUCCUAUAUCAUUCUCUGACUCCAUUGUCAUGGAAACCUCCAACAAAAUCCGUCAAAUCGUCCUACAUGACCGUGCGCUACACGAUAAGGCCCAAAGGGCCUUUGUUAGCUGGGUACGCAGUUACACCAAGCACCAAGCUCGCAGUAUCUUUCGCGUCACAGACAUAGACUGGGAAGAAGCGGGUUGUGCCUGGGGCUUACUCAAGCUCCCAAAAAUGCCCGAGCUACAGAAAUUCACUGGGGAUCGAAGCCUCGGGGUAAAUCUCGACUGGGACAAGUAUUCAUACAAAGACAAACAACGAGAAAAACACCGUCAAGAAUCUUUAAACCCCACAACCAAGACGGCGGCUGACAAUCCUCUUAAACGGCCUGCCCCAUCAUCCGCUUCAAACGACCCAUUGCCGUGGAGCAAAACCCACGAGAAGAAAUCCGAAAAAGAAAAACGGCGCGAAUCCAAACGCGCAAAGAAAGAAAGAGAGCAUUGGGAGAAAAUGACAGACGAACAAAAAGCCAGCGUGCGGGAGACGCAACAAAUGCUUGAAAAACUCCGCAGAGUAAACCAACAAAAGGUCAAAGGGGAGACGGAUGCCUCCAACGACGUCUCUAAGCCCAGGGAAAUGGAACUCGGAGACGAGUCCGAGUUUGAAGGAUUCGAUUGA